GUCCGAAUUGACUAUCGAAUCCAGAAACCAGGCUAUAUUGUGCACAUGGUAUGGUAUGCGACAACAACAAAACCAAAGAUUGUAGAUGCAAGGAACACAAAAUUAAAUAAGAGUUUGCUUAAUUGUAGAGAGAAUUAUCUGAAGUAAGGAGUUGAAAUAUAGAGUGAAGUUACUUAGACGGUAGAGUUGUGUAGACCAUAUUAUUUACAUAGAUAUACAAUGUAACUUAUAUUGGGAGAUGAGAGGAAAAACUUUUUGAGGCAAAUUGAUCAUUGUUUGGAAAAUUAGCAGGAAAAUAUUUAUUAAAUCUCUUUGCUAAGCAUUAUGGUUUCUGGAACAAGUGACAGCCAUGUAAAAAAAUCAUCAAGGAGGAAGUUAUUGGACAUAUCAACUACAGAAACAGAAAAAGAUAAACUUUCAGCAAAAAACACAAAGAAACAGCAAAGAAUUGUUCAAUCUAAAAGUCCUUCAAAACAGGGAGUAAAAAACAAUUCAGUUAAAAAUAGGAAGAUUUCAUUAGAACAUGAGAGACAUAGUAAAAAAAGGUCAAAUCGUUCAAAAUCUCCUACAACUUCAAGUGGUUCUGAUUCAUCUUUAGACGCUUCCAAACAUUGGUUAGAACAUGACAUUUCUGAUUCUGAUCAAAGUGUAGAGAGAGAAAUUCACAGUAUAGCUGAACAGCAUGCAAAAUCCAGUAUGGAUGAAAUGUCAGAUUUUAGUAUAGCUUCACCAAAGAAAAAAAGAAAGUUAAGAAUAAUUGAAGCAAAGACAACAGCAGACAGUUCAGAUGAAAAUUCUGGUGAUGAAGAACCACUGAUGUCUCAAUCAAUAUUUAGUACUUCUACAUCUGGUAGUCAGUUAAAAGGGUCUUCAAGGGUUCAUAAGAAGAAGAGAAAAUCUCACACAAUUGGGAACAUAGAAAGUGAUCAGGAAGAUAUGACAAACCAAACGGAGCAAAAUUUAAAACUGAGAUACAACAUACCAGAAGGAUAUGAACCAUCUAAACUUACUGAAUCCAAUACAGAUAUGUGUAAAGAAGAUCUCAGACACAAGGACCUAUGGCUUAUUAAGGCACCUGUAAAUUUUGAUAUUCAAAAUCUGAAUGGGAUGGCAAUAGAUUUAAAUGGAUGUACAGAGUUCAGUUCUAAAGAUGAUGAAUUGUAUGAAGUGGAUGUAACAGAAGAUACUACAAAUGAGAUGUCAACAUUUGCUCCCAUUUUACCAAGCAGAGAAAAGUCGUCUUUUGUAUUAGGACCAAAGUUCAGAGGCCAGAUACAUGUGAUGCAGUCUUUAGAGAUUCCAGAUCUACCUGCAAUAAAGAUUCCAGAACCAAUAGCCCAUAAAAUACCUAAAGGUCUUAUACCUAGAUUUGAACCGUUUGGGUCAGGAGAUCCAGUGAAGUUAGGAAAAAGAAAACAUCAUGACCAUAAAGGAAAUAAAUCUAAUUCAUCAUCAAAGUCACAUAAAAAGAAACAUCAUCAGGAUGAAGACUACUUAGAUGGUGAUCAGUUAGAUAAGUCAGUUGAAAAGAAGUUGAAGAAGGAACUGAAAAAGAGGAUUAAGAAAGAACUUGAUUAAAUGUUUAUAAAAAACACAUGGUAGAUAGUUUGUAAAAAGAGCAUUAUGAAAUAUUGCUAAAAACAUAUGAUAAAAUAUGAAGAAAAAAAAAUAGAUGGUAAAAUUAUUUAAAAUUAUAAUAUGAUAUUUUGUUAAAUAAAAAGGUACCUUAUUAAAUGUUCAAAAAAGAAAA